AUGAAUCAGGUAGAAGGUUGCAUAGCACGACAUGUAAAGGCCCAGGAGGCACAGCUCGACUUGUGUGCCCACCGCAAGACUGACAAACUGAAGGCAGGGUUUGUUCUACUCGCCCUCGCGGUAUCCUGUGGUGCCACAUUCAAGGGAGGUGGAAAGAAAGGUGGAUACGGUGGAUACAGUGACGAGGUGCUCGUGCUGGCCGCUCCACAAGUAGGAUAUGGAGGAGGAUUCCAUCAAGCAGGAUAUGGUGGAGGAUUCCAGCCUGCUGGAUAUGGUGGAGGGUUCCAACAAGUAGGAUAUGGAGGAGGAUUGCAGAAAGGACAUGACAGCUUGGAACAUAUUGAGCACAGUGCAAUAAGCCAUGGAGGUGGAUAUGGAGGUGGAAUUCAACACGUUGGUUUUGAUGGAGGCUACCACAAAGGAGGAUAUGGAGGAGGAUACCAUCAACCCUUGGCUGUUGCUCCAGUACAGUUGGUGCACGUUCGUCCAGUUCGAGUUCGACCUGUGCGUGUAAGACCAGUUUAUGUCCAGCCAGUCCCCAUCCAACCAGUUCAUAUUCAACCAGCCCCUAUACAACCAGUACAUGUACAACCAGUACACAUCCAGCCCCAUUACCAACCACAGUACCAGCAGCCAGUGCAGCUGGUACAGGUGGUAGGAGGUGGGGGUUACGGGUACGGAGGAGGGAAGAAGGGAAAGGGUGGUUAUGGUGGUGGUUUCGGGUACGGAGGAGGAAAAGGAAAAGGUGGUUAUGGUGGUGGUUUCGGCAAAGGAAAAGGGAAGUUUUAA